AUGAAGGAAGACGCAGCAGUGAUUGGGUGAAUUUUGUUAAAUCUGUGACAAAUUAAAAAAAAAGUUAGAACGCAAAAUGAAUUUUCUAAUUUCAAAAUUCAUGUGGCAGAAUGGGACACGAAUAAAUCAGUAUAUAUUUGCGAUUAUCAUAACGAUUCCGCUGCUGAACUUCGGCAUGGUGCAAGGUUGGCUAUCUCCCAUGAUCUCAGUUCUUCAAACGCCGCAAGGUCCUGCGCCAGAUCCAUACACGAGUAGUGACAUAUCCUGGGUGACCUCAGUAACUUACAUCUCGGCAAUCAUCUUCGGAGCACCCAUGGGCUAUCUCACUGAUAGAUACGGAAGAAAAGUAAUGACUCUCAUAACAACCUUUUCAUUGAUUUUAUAUUGGCAAAUAAAACUGCUAUGCCUCGAGCCAUGGGCACUGAUACUCGCCCGGGCGAUUGCGGGUAUACCAUGCUCAGCCUGCUACAUCGUGUUACCGAUCUAUUUAAAGGAAAUCAGUGAUAUAGAUCUAAGGGGAGCGCUUGGAUCUUUACUUAUACUAAAUAGAAAUAUUGGCUAUCUAGCUAGCUAUGUGUUCGCGGAUCUGCUUCAAGUGACCACUAUGCUCUGGAUGGGGCUGUUAGUUCCAACUGUAGUGUUUUUUAUUUUCUUGAUAAUGCCAGAAACGCCAGAGUUCCUCGUGAAACAGGGCAAAGUUGAUGAAGCUAAAACUGUCUUAGCUUGGUUGCGUGGUUUGAGCGUGUUAGACCGUUCUCUUGAACAGGAGAUAGACAACAUCGUGAAAGUUGAAAAACUGGCCAAGGCUGAUCCUAAGUCUGUCUGGAUGAUUAUUUUAAAAGACAAAGCCACCUUCAAGGCGUUCAUCAUCACCCUGGUGAUUAAAAUCACUCAACAGUUUGAUGGCUACCUGAUCGUCCUUAUAUACGCUGGUUUCGUCUUCGAACGAGCCUCAGAAUCCAUCAGCUUGAAACUGAGCCCGAACAAGCAGGUGAUGAUGAUCGGUCUGGUGCAACUCUUGGGUUCUACAGUUGCGACUUGUAUUGUAGAGAAAACUGGAAGAAAGCUUCUUUUAGUAUCCACGUCGUUCGCGGUAGGCGUGGGAAUGUUGGCUCUGUCCGCAUGGUUCUACUUGACAGGCAUCGGCAUAUGGUUACCGGGCUGGCUUCCAGUCUUCGCCAUGUGUCUCUGUAUCUUCGCUGAUGCUGCCGGAUUUCAACCUAUAUCGUAUAUAAUUAUCACGGACUUAUUUACUUUCCAACUACGCGGCACAGUGUCAUCAUUUGCGAAUAUCUGCGCUAAACUCAGCAACUUUGUCCAGAUGAAGUGGUUCACUAAAGUCUGCGAGCUGAUCAGCAUUCAUUGGACAUUCUUAUUUUUCGGCGUCGUAUGCUUCUUCGCUUGUUUCUACACAUUGAUCUCCUUCCCUGAAACUAGACAAAAGUCCGUUGAGGAGAUCUACGAGAAAUUAAAUAGGAAUAAAAAGGAAGAAGAUAGAAUUAAGGCGGUUCCGUAACGUAACAAUAUUGUAUGUUAAUUAUUUACAAUUUGAAUGCAAUUUAUUUUAUUAGGAUGUUGUGAAAGGUGUAUCGAAUUGUAUUCGGUGAUAUAUUUGAUAUCAUCACGACUUACACCUUAUAUUGUUCCGUCCUAAGGAUUUGUGCUUAAUACAAAUCAAGACUGUUCUAGAAUAAUUCCUGUUACGGAUGAAUCUCGCUUAUUUUAGUCUUAAGAAAAUAUUUUAUCACUAAGAUUUAGUCAAAAUUGAUUUAUGAAAUUAUUCUCGUCUUAAUGUACUUAAAAUGAUUAGUUAUAGAAACUUAAUUAUCUUUGUAGAUUAAUUAUAAAAUAAAUGGAGAGCUUUAAAGUUGAUUAAAUAAAUUUUAAAAGAAAAUUAAUAUUUUCAUACUGUUUUAAAGAUCAUUAUCAAGUUUUAAAUGUAUUUAUUAUUUCUGUUAAGCUAUUUAAAGUCUUACUAAUAAAUUAACCACAUACGAUCAAAAUAUUAUUAUAAGUUUUCUGGUUUUACUUAUAAAUAAUUAUCGAAAGAGGAUAGAGGAAUGGGUUUCUCAUCUUCAAGGAAGCCUCGACAUCGGAAAGUCCCGUGAUUUGAAAACAAUCAAUUCUACUAAUCUACCACCAUUACGAUAUGUUUCCGAUUCAAUUGCAAUCUAACUUUGACUGUAUCCUAUAUAUACAUCAUACAGUAAAGCGAAUAUAAUAUAUAUGGUAAAUUAAAUAAAUGAUUAUUGAAUUGCUAAUGUAUAGACGAAACUUUAGUACUGUGCACACGCAAAUUGUUUUAUUUGCUGGAUUAAAUUUAAUUUUAUAGCUUAACAUCGCUACAGCACUCAAUCAAAACUUACUUGAAAACUUAAUUUAUUAAGUGAACAAAUGACUCAUAAUAAUGAUAAUUAUUAUUCGAUUACCGUGCAAUGGUCAACCGUAGAUGACCAAACAAAAUGAAUUAAAUAUAAUAUUUAAUUAUUUUGUAACUAUUAUUUAACAUUUCCUUUGUGAAAUAUAUUUUGGGGAGUUUUUCUCUUACGCGUAUUCCUAUCUCAACUCCCAGUAUCAAUUACUCUCUAGUACAUGGCAACCCAUAUUCCAUUAAUUGUUCCGCAUUGCCUUCUAUUCACACAUUCACACCGAACACUCUUUGACCUCAUUAAUUGUUUUUACGAUGUAACAUACAAGCACAGAGAGAUCCAAGGGUGUCUAAGGUCCCUACAAACUCUGACAUUCGAGGCACACAAUUCUGAAAGGGUUAGAGUAAAAUUAUUGUAUUUUUUGGCUAUAAUUAAUGAAUUUAUUAUUACAAUGUACAUGUUAUGUUAAAACUAAAAAAACAAUUUUUAUUGUUUGUUAAUUUAGUCCAGAUAGUUUGUAAGUUAUAAAAUUAUAUGCAUA